AUGGAAUCCUCCGGAGGAUUCGUUAUAGAUCCCGAAACUCUACUAGAUGUGGAAACUGCAAUCCCGUACACAAAUGAUCGUGACGUUCGACACAAGUUACGAGUCUUCUUUGAAGAUGCAUUUCACCAGGAUUCACUUGGCGACACUUUAGUCGCCAUCACUGGCUUCCCAGCGGAGUACUUUGAUGUUGAUGAAGAAGAAGGCGAAGACGACGACAUCGAACCCCCAAUUCUAGGAAGAAAAAGACACAUACUAUAUUUCAAAGAAACAAACCUUUUAAUACUCAUGAUGCCGCCGCAGAGACCACAUGAAGUCGCAAGCGAAGAGUUCGAGAAAGAGCUCUAUCGAAAACUAUUUACGAUGGGUCCCGCCAUGAAUAUAGGUCCUGGCGGGGUGGCGGUGGUGCACUUCCCAACUGUUAUAAAACAACCAGACAAGUCUUUUGGCCCAGUCAACGCUGGGUACAUUACUUUUGCCCUAGAGACGGAAAUCUCACAGUCGCAACGCGACCUCGAUCGUGUUGCAAAACUAUGGAUCGAGUCUGACGCUCCCACCGCGCACGUCACGCAAGUUCUUACAAUCAAGAUCUCGACUUCCAUUCCGCGUGCGUGUUUUAAACUCUGGAAGAGAGAGGAGCACGGAGAGCAAAGACCGAGAGCAAGUCUCGACCAAGAGGUCGAAGUCACUCUCGAGGGUGAUAGACCAGUGGCGACGGGAGUAAUUCGAAUAUCAUUCGAAUUACUCUUUGAAAGACGAGCCCAACCAGGAACACGAGAGCAAGAUUUCGUGUUCUCAAAGAGAGAGCUGGGAUAUCUAGCCAGCCAGGUCUGGAAAGAAUUGGACUUUCUACCACGGAAUGCUUGGCCAUCUAGUAGAGUCCUUACUGUUGCUGUUUGGACCAACGGCACUGACACUAUGGAAGCUAGUAAAAGCGGCGGUCUUAAGAAUCAGGGGAAAUCAAUUAACACUGCACCAGAUCGAUCCAUCGUUAAUCUCGACUAUUAUUCAAAACCUAUUGCGGACAUUUAUCUCGAGUGGAUCGUUACUGUACUUGAGGACUGGCAAAACUUCCAACCGCUCUACUUCUCCGGGCUUGUGGGUACCAGACGCCAUUGGGAAUUACCCUCGUGGAUACCAGACCUCAGCUCAAAGAGAGCCGACAGUCCAGUAUGGGAUGCCACUCUUGCUGGUACUAUAGAGAUGCGUCACCGGCCCGUGGACUUCUCCUUCGGCGAACAGAUAAACCAGGCCUUCCCGCGCAUAUCCCAUAGUCGGAUACUCCACGCAAGAGGAAUCUGGUGUGACCAGGUGGUCCAAAUAAAACGUAUUGAUGCUGCGCACGCAGCUAAAAAUGUAGCACAGCUCUGCAUAUCCCAUCUCUCAGCCUCUAACAUGGGAUUUUAUAAUACCGGCAUCCCUCUCUUACACGCCAUAUUCCGAGUUUUGAUGUGCGGAAUCAACCGCUUCAAUCCGUCUCUGGAUGAGACCGAAACAUCAUUAACUUCUCGAGACUUCCAGUUAGUUUACGGAACAAAUCAACUGCAGCUGAACAAAACCAUGCCCCUGCUCCAGGCCGUUACAAAAUUCCUAAUACAAAGAGGCAGUCUGUCUGCCGACAAAGUCGACGAUUUCGUCCUCGAUAUCCUUUGCAGGCCCUCAGCACCACUCGGGGCCAACAUCUCCGACGUUCACCUCGCUGCAGCCUUCAUCGCAUUCAUGCUGUCGGGCAAACGCCAACAGGGCCAGUCAGCAUCGGGUAUCCUCCAGAGUCUCGGUCUACACCCUGGUCCUAGUUUCCUUAAACGCUUGAAACGCUAUUUCAUGACAUUUGACCAGACGAUUUUCGUUACGGCGACGGGGCUUUUGGGCAAUGGGCCUGCUGGUAUGGCUGUUGGAGACAGGAUCGCUGUACUUGACGGUGCAAAAAUGCCGUUUGUGACGAGGAAUAUGCGGGAGAGCAUUGUACUUAUUGGGCCAUGUUAUAUAGAAGGUCUUUCUAAUGGAGAGGUAGCUGGUAUGGUGCGAAGGGGCGAGGAGGAUGUAGACGACAUACCAAUUUGCUGA